AUAAUUUCUUUCCUAUGUUUAUACUAAUAUUAUAUUGUUUCAGAUGCAAUCUGUUAUGGUGUGGAUUUUAAAUACAUGUUGGAGAGUAGCAUGGAGUAGAUUAAAUGUGCUGUGGUGAGUGGAUUUAAACUUUUAACAAUUUCUAUAGUUUAGUUUUCAAAAUGUACACGUUGACGUGAAUAGGGUUGCGUAUAUUAGGAAACAUAACCUCGCGGUAUGUUAUUGUCGGUGUCGCUUUGAGGUUAGGUUAGUGUUUAUAAAGUAAAAAGUAUGGUCGUGAACGUGGGUGAUGUCGUAUUGCCGGGCGAAUGCCUGCCGGAGCCGCGCUCCAACAAGGGUGUCGUCAUCCUGGGUCCGGGGCUGCGACGCUCCGAGGACGAUUCCAAAGGGUUGACGGUGAGCCGUGCCGGGGUGCUCUGCCACAAAGCGCCGAACAUGUACUGGGUGGAGGGACACGCGAAGCGGUACGUGCCGUGCAAGGGUGACCUGGUGGUCGGCGUCGUCGCCAAGAAGAGCGGUGACCAGUUCAAGAUCGACAUCGGCUCGGCCGAGCACGCUUCCCUCUCGGCCUUCUCCUUCGAGGGGGCGACCAAGAAGCAGAAACCCGACCUGCAGGUGGGCGACGUCGUCUACGCCAAGCUGGUGACGGCUCACCGCGAGAUGGAGCCGGAACUGGUUUGCGUCAACAAGUACUUUAAGGCGGCGAACCUGGGACCGCUCAGCAAUCAGGGUUUCCUGCUCAACCUGGACAGUCGUCUCAUCGUCAGGCUGCUCGACGUGCAGCAUCCGCUGCUCGCGGUCCUCGCGAAGACGUGCGCUUACGAGAUCGCCAUCGGCAUGAACGGAAAGGUCUUCGUCAUGGGCAGAACCAGUAAGGACACCAUGCACGUCGCCGAAGCGCUCCUCGCCGCCCAACACCACGACAACGUGACAACAUAACUGUUAUUUUUGUUACGUUCUCCUAGGUUACGCGAAUUUAUAUUUAUAUGGACAGGGGAAAAAGACAAAAAAAAUAUAUAUACGAGUGUGUGUGAAAGAAUGAAACAAAACAAAAGUAAUAUGCAGUAGACGGAAUAAAUGAAAUCCCCAUUA